AUGUCGCUCCUUCAUAAUGAAGAUUUUACGAUCUGGCAAUUACGCUCGUCAUAUCUGUCUACGAUCAAGGAUGGCAUCGGAGACCGGUUGAUCAAUGUCAACAACUCCGUUCUCAAUACCCCUGGCUUUCGCGCCGCGGGCUGGUCCGCGUCCGCGAACCCCAACACCCAGAGCGCCUCCAGUCUCAAGCGCACAUACUCUCCACCGAUCCCUACCACAGCUGCUGUUUCCUCGGAAUAUUAUCGGCUGGCUACCCGAGAUGCGAACGGUGCACGCGACGACGCGCUCGGCCUCGAUGACGGGGAAGAUGAAGAAGGGGGCAUGGUCACUGGGAAAAGCAACAUGGAUGUGACUGGACGACGACAUCACGGACGUGGUGGAAAGAAGAAAGGGCGCCGGGAAAGACACCAGCAAGAAACCCAGCGUCCGGCUGAGCCGGAGGACGAUGAUAGCAGUGACCUAAGUGACGAUAGCGACGAUGAUGAGAACAACAUGCCCAUCAACCGCAAUCGGGCUGACUCGUCCCCAAUCCGCUCGACAGAGGACCGUGAUCGGCCAGAGGUGAUGGUCACAGCCCCAUCACACAAUCAAGGCGCAGGUCACUAUCGUACAGGCUCUCUGGGGAACGUAUCAGCGAUCAAGGGGCAGCGUCCACGCCGAGAUACGACUACUAGCAGUGACAUGUCAACGGACAACGAAGGCGAUUCUCAAGGUUACAAACCUGGAUCAGUUCAGUUCUCCUCAAAUGACCAAGUGGUGGACCGUCCCCGUACACGGCGCCAGCGGACUGGAAGCCGAGGUUCGGAGAGUCUAGCCCUGGGAGAGUUGACUGAACAAGCCGAAGAUUCGGGGGCCGAGUCGGUCGGGUCUGCCCUUUCGUCCGAGUUUGAUGAUGCUACUGCUGGCUCUGGAUCCAUGCUCCUAGCCGGGGUGGGCAUUGCUGGAAGUUUGGAUUCGUCCCCUAUGGCCUUGAUGCACAAGCUUCCUAGUGGGACAGGACCCCAGAACACGUCGCCCCGCAAGACCAAAGUUCUGGCCCCCGAACUACAUGAUCUUCCUCCGCCACGGCCUAUCAGCACUAUUCAGCCGGUCAGUUUACUAACUCGUCAGCUCAAGGCUCGCAAGCGCGCACCGAGCAACCCGGUCGAGAAGUUUAUGGUUCUCUCGGGACAAAGCCCGGAUGACUCGCUGUACUUAAAAAUCUACGUGCCGUUUUCCUCGGAUCCAGAAGAUCCACUUGACCUGCCGCUCAUGCGAGAGUCCAAGCUGGCCAAACAGCCGGCCCCGGUUACUGUCUCUGAAGCGAUUGGUGCGGCACUCUGGAAAUACUCCGAGGAUGCGCGUGGCCCGUCUAUCAACCGGGAAAGGUUGACGGUCAAUCGAUGGACGCUUCGCAUGGUCGAAGAUGGAGAAGUAGAAUUCGACUUCCCAGCGCUGGGACGAACGCUGCCGAUGACGGAUUUCACCUCGAAUAACAACCAAGCGAGCAAGGCACGGGGUCGGUCACGAGGAAAGCCUUACGAUGAGUUUGCGCUCGUGGAAGCGUCAGAUUCGGAAUUCGAGGAGAAUGAACGACUUUAUCCGCAGUUCAGUCAGAGUCUUGGAUCUGCUGAGGGCGACCAACCUGCAAGCCUGGCAGCGCCAGGCACCCAACCCACUUCACAGAGCAAAGCAGCUCCGGCUCGUCAAAACCCCAUUUUGGGCCAUCCUUUCUCAUCUGCCUUGAAUGACAGCACACUUACACCUGCGGAUCGUCCUGCUGUGCCAAUCUCCCACGCCACCCCCGUCUCGACCCUGAAGGUCAGGUUCAUCAACCUGGAAGCCUCGGCUCACGCCAUGACGAUCAACACGACCUCAGACAGCUAUAUUGCGGAGAUCCUUGACUCAGUGUGCAAGCGCUGGGGGCUGGAUAAAGGGAAUUACCUCCUCAAGGUGGUGGGAUCCAAUACCAUCGCACCGCUGGAUCGCACCGUGGAAGCACUGGGGCCUAUCACCGAUCUCGACCUCGUCCGCCGUAGGUUUGGGGCUGGUCCUCUGACUAUGGGCGGGUCUCCUGGCAGCUCGUCACCCAACGCGCCGCUAAUGGUUGAGAGCCAGCCUCCAACGACAGUCAAAAAGGGCAAAAAAGAAGGGAAGCGCAUGCUACCCUCGCUGACACAAAAACAAGAUCUUAUUGGAGGUUAUUACCGACGCUACCAUGUCUUCCGCAAACAGUCCAUGUCUUUUACGGCAUCAAACCACCGCAUUCUGACCUUUGACAACGACUACAUGCACAUCAUGCCAGGAGAGUCAGGUAAGGCUGGCUCCGACGCCAAAACACGGUCCAUCAGCUUCAACGACGUGGUGGGCUGCAAAGUCAGCCGUCGGCACCCCAAGAGUUUCCGGGUGGUGGUGCUGCGCGGCAACGAUGCGACGGAGCAGAAGCGGUAUGACUUUGAGGCGCGGAAUGCACUGGAGGCUGUUGAGAUCGUGGACGAGAUCAAGAAGAACAUGGCGCAUUAUCGGAUUUGA